CUCUGAUAAAGCAACCGUUUCCAAAAAAAAUGUUUGUAGUUUCACUGCGUUAUUUUCAAAAAAACCCAUUCUUUCAUCGCAUGAAAUUAACCUUACAUUUUCCAAUAGUGUUGACGUACUCAAUUGCGAAACCCUACCUGGAGGAGUUAAGCGGAGGCCACACGGUCGUAGGCGAAAAACUGACACUAAAAUGUACAUUGAAAGUCACUGUGCGAUCCUCAAUGGAAUGGGUCACCCCUGACAGAAAUGGGAUAAGGAGCGGACGCAUAUCAGUUAGUAAAUCAAUUGCCGAUUCAAAUGAAAAGUACCAUCAAAUACUGACCAUUGAGAAAACUAAACCGAUUGAUCAAGGCGAAUACACUUGCAUAGUUAAAGAUCCAAAUCAUGUCAAUAAUAAUACGAGAUAUGUUAGAAUUUUUGACAAAGCUGAACAUUUCAUCAAUUUAACUGAAGAAAAUGGCGUCUAUGAAAUUUCGGUCAGUGCAGGCGAGCCAAGUAUUCAAUGGAGCAUUAACGUCGAGGCCCAUCCUUCCCCGAAGCUCGUAUGGCUUGAUAACCACAACACCGAAAUACAGGCGGGGUGGGCCGAUAACGGAAACAACAAAAAGUACGAGGUGCGAACCGAAAACCACGAAGCGUUUUUAAAAAUUUUCGACAUUACGAUUUUCGAUCGGGGCACCUACCAACUGAAAGCAAUCAAUGAUUAUGAAGAGAAAACCCUCAAUUUAUUCUUGAAUGUCACAGAUAAACCAACCGUGCACAUCGAAACCGACAGUUUCCAUGUCAUCAACCAGCAAAGUAUCAUCAAAUGUAAAGUUGCGGCGUAUCCCGACCCCUCGAUUUAUUGGUACUACCGAAACUGCUUGGAUAACUCUUGCCAAUUUGAACCAAGGAAAGCCACUGGGACCGACACGCAAGGGUUACUGAAAACCUCCUUCCUAAAUUUGACCUCGGAUCAGUCCGGUUUUGUGAUGUGCACAGCCAACAAUUCUAUGGGCUCGGACCGUUCCAUCAUGGGCCAUUUUCUCACAGAUGUCGAUAACGGUUUCGGAAUUUGGGGUUUCGACGAAGAAACGAAAGAAAUUCACAAUGAGAUUCCUCUUUACCCCAUCGCUCGAGGGGAGACUAUCACCAUGUAUUGCGCCGCAUCAAGAUAUAACUACACGGAACAGCUCAAGUGGUACAAAAACAACGGAUCGCACUUCAAUCCAAUUGAAGAGAAUGACCAUUUUAAAAUUGAGAAAAGCUCGACGGAGUUCUCGAACAAACUAACGCUCACCAUACACCAAAUUGGUUUCGAUGAUUCCGGUAACUAUACAUGUCAGGUUAAAGAAAAGUUUAUCACAGAUUCGCCGAAGACUCAGGACAUGUACCAUUAUGAUAACAUCACGUUAUCUAUCAAAGAUCCAUCAUCGCCCUUAAUUACUGACACGAAUCUCAACGGUUCCACGUUUACAAUCGCACUCCCUGACGAGUUCCGACUAUGGUGCUUUGCCGUCGGCAUACCUAAACCCACAAUAACCUGGUACUUGAAUGGGGAGGAGAUCGUUGAAAGGAACACGAAAAGUAGAAUUACGUUCUUCCAAAACGACCACGUGCUUCAAAUUCCGUUCACUCAGGUGGAGGACGAGGGCGAGUACACCUGUCGCGCCAAAAAUAAAAUUGGGGUUGCAGAAAAGAGGAUAUCGCUGCAGUUUAAUAAUAAACCGACGGCUAAUCUAAUUUUCGUGUACGUUAUUGUUGGGAUUAUAUUCUCCUGCCUGGUGGUGUGCAUUUACACCUGCCUCAGGUACAGGAAGGAGAAGAAACUAAGAAGGGAGUUGAAGAGAGCUGGUCUGGCAAAUUUCGAGAAUGGUGCGUUGGAAAGCCUAAACCCUGAGUUGGGUAUAGACGAUCAAGCUGAGCUAUUGCCCUAUGACAAAAAGUAUGAGUUCCCCAGAGAAAAGCUAAAGUUAGGUAAACAACUGGGGUCGGGCGCUUUUGGCGUUGUCAUGAAAGCCGAGGCAACCGGAAUCGUUGAAGGGGAGGAAGUAACCGCAGUUGCAGUAAAGAUGGUCAAGAGAAAUGCGGACUACACGUACAUUAAAGCGCUCGCUUCAGAGUUAAAAAUCAUGGUUCACUUGGGGAAGCAUUUAAACGUCGUUAAUUUGCUAGGAGCGUGCACUAAGAACGUUGCCAAGCGAGAGCUAUUGGUCAUUGUUGAAUUUUGCCGCUUUGGCAACCUCCACAAUUACCUUCUUCGCCACCGCAACAGUUUUGUGAAUCAAAUUGAUAGCAAGACUGGAAAAAUUGACUACACUUACGGCUCUGAGCUACUAGAACGCUCUUUUUCGGUUUCUAGUAACAAAAGCUGUAACUCUCCUAAUGUGAAGUAUGCUGCAUUAACGUUUUCACACAGUGACAACAAUCCCUUACCAAGAGAUAUGGUUGAUUAUCGAGGAAACUGCAACUAUAGUGGAAAUACUGCAGUUACGGACACGACCAUGGUUUCAAUGACACCCACUGGUGGAGAAGACUGCUUAAUGACCGGUAGUAACAGUAACAGUUCACAACCCGAAUGGCGAUCGAAUUACCGCGGUGACUACAAAGGGACGGUCAAGCCGAUCUGCACCAAGGAUCUGAUAACCUGGGCGUUCCAAGUGGCCCGCGGUAUGGAAUAUCUCGCGUCACGAAAGGUGCUUCAUGGUGAUUUAGCAGCCAGAAAUAUUCUGCUGGCGGAGAAUAAUAUUGUCAAAAUUUGUGAUUUUGGACUAGCCAAGAGUAUGUACAAAAGUGAUAAUUACAAAAAGAAAGGGGAUGGACCAUUGCCGGUGAAGUGGAUGGCUGUGGAAUCCAUACGCGACCGUGUCUUCUCGACGCAGUCCGAUAUAUGGUCUUAUGGUAUCGUGCUGUGGGAGUUUUUCUCAUUAGCUCGAACUCCCUACCCUGGCAUGGAGGCGAACGAAAUUUUCUACCAGAAAUUGGCGGAUGGUUAUAGAAUGGACCAACCUGAGUAUGCCACCGAUGAAAUAUACAAAAUGAUGUGCGACUGUUGGCAUCCAAAACCCAUUGCUAGACCGACUUUUACAAAGUUAUCCGAAAAAAUUGGCUUAAUGCUCGAAGAUAGCGUCAGACAGCAUUAUGUCGACCUAAACGACCCUUAUUUGGUAAUGAACACUCAACGCAUCGAAGCGGGUCACAGUGACUAUUUGGCAAUGUUGAGUCCACCAGAUUUUGAGCACCUCUCCUCCCCUCACCAUUACGUUAAUGAUGACGUACACCUCAACGGAAACAUUCCUGGUAUGGACACACCUGGAUACUUAUGCAUGAAACCUUCCAGUAUAUUCAGCCCCCGCGAGCAGUGUGAUACAGUUUUCAAUUUUGACGUGGACAAUAGUAAUAGAAAACAUAAAAAUAGUGACACUGAACUAGCGUUGGGCACCGAACUGUUACCGAUGCUUCAUACUCAGAACGAAUCAGACUGUGAAUUAAGUCCCUGUGUCAAAACGCCCACAAGUUUUUCAAAUCCGUCUUAUCAUAUGCCCCCCAUUAUUAUGGAAAAGACUGAUGAAGAUAUUGUGAAAACCGCGGACAAUUACGUCAACAUGCCACAAAACAAAAAUGCCAUGAAAAAUGAAAAAAAUCUUAAAGAAUGCAUUAGUGCCACAAAUGAAAAGGAUGCGAAUCACUACGUUAAUAACAAUACCCGGGAUUGGGAACGAGUGCAGGUUUAAUGUGCGUCUAGAGGGUCUGUGUAUUACAAGUGCAUUUGGUUGUAAUUUAAUGAGGACCCGUUGAUGAGCAUGAAAAGCACGACACUCAUUUAUGAGUAUUAUCAGAACAGUACACAAAUAUUUAGUGCAACAAUAAGAGUACCUGAAAUUGCACGUAAGGACAACAUAUCCAAACAAUAUUAUAUAUUGUGCCAUAUAUCAUCUCAAUAUUUAGUCAUUAGACAUAAUUGUGUGUAUGAAAUAGUGCUUGUAAGCUAGUUCUGUGAUGAAUACCCGACAUUAUGUUCGAUAUGCUCUGCGAAGAGAUUGUGCAGAGUACAUUUAACUAUGUCAAAGCGCCUUUUUAUGUACUUUCAUUAGGUAAACCUAUUUAAUACGACUAAAUCAAUGAACAUAUGAAACAAAUGACCGAAUCGGAAAUCAAUGGCCCCAAGAAGAUAUUGCUGAUCAGCUUUAUCACAAAAUGAUUGAGCAAAGGAAAACAAUACUGAAGAUCUCUAUUAUGUAUAUAAGGAUAAAGUACGAAAUUAGAUUAAGGGAAUAUAAUCGUGUUUUUAUUUAUAUAUUUUAUGUAUAUAAAACCAAUAUAUGACGCAAAAUGUGAUUUUCAUGUUGAAAAUUA